AUGGAUCACAAACUGGUGCUCGCCACUUUAGCACUGCUGCUCAGUGUCUCACAGGGCAAGCCUCUGAAGGGGGACCAAAGUGGAAAAGGUCAAAGAGAAAGAAGUAGCCCAAGGAUCCCUGAAGAUAAGGAUGUCUUCAGCAUCAUCUUAGAAGCCAAUAAAGAAAUCAAAGCGCAUAUGAUGGAGGGUGACAUUGUCGUGUCAAACUCCAGGAAUGCCAUGAACUGCCCGGACAACUCAUGCUUUUGGCCGAAGGCCUCUGAUGGAUUUGUUUAUGUGCCUUAUACGAUCUCCAGUGAAUACAGUGCUGAAGAGAAGGCAAUAAUCUCCAGUGCAUUCCCAGACUUCGAUGUACAGACCUGCAUUAGAUUUAAACCACGAACUACAGAAAAAGACUACGUAAAUAUCAGUCCCCAGAACGGCUGCUGGUCCAAUAUUGGAAAGUAUAAAGGCGCUCAGCAAGUGUCCCUGUCAAAGGGAGGCUGUGUUUACAAAGCCACGGCUCAACAUGAGCUCAUCCAUUCGCUAGGCUUCUAUCACGAGCAGAGCAGACCUGACCGCGACAGCUAUGUCAGAAUCAACUGGCAGUACAUCCCAGAAGAGCAAGCUUCUAACUUUUACAAGCAGGACAUUAAUACCUUGGGCAUGCCAUACGACUACACCUCCAUCAUGCAUUAUGGAAGGGAUGCUUUCUCAAAUACAACUGGACAGCCUACUAUUGUACCCAUUCCAGAUGAAACGGUAGAAAUCGGACAGAGAAUAGCAAUGUCUCCUAGAGAUAUUCAAAAGAUCAAUAAGCUUUAUGGCUGCAGUAAUGUGGCUGCAGUGCAAUGCGGAGGCAUACUGACUGCUGUGAGUGGAACUUUUACAUCUCCCAAUUAUCCACUGGAAUAUCCCACUAAUACAGACUGCACAUGGAUCAUCAACGCCCCUAAAGGGUACAAGGUCUCACUUACCAUCAGUUCCUUUGAUGUGGAGUAUUCUGAUGACUGUUCCUAUGACUAUCUCAUUCUCCGAGAUGGACCCAAGACUACAUCCCCUGUACAGCAAACCUAUUGUGGCUCUGAACCCAUUCCCUCCUUCACCUCCAGUGGAAACGCUGCAGUGGUUCAGUUCCACAGCGACGACGUAGAAGUCGGGAAGGGAUUCUCAGCCAAGUACAAGUUUGGUAUGUAA